AUGGCUAGUGUUAGAGUUCUCCUUAUUGGAAAUGGUGGCCGCGAGCAUGCUCUGGCGUGGAAGUUGAGCCAGUCUGCUCGGGUUGAUACCAUCUUCGCCGUCCCGGGCAACGGUGGCACUGCCUCGUGUGCAAAGGUUACGAAUGUCACCUCGGUCUCGGCCGAAGACUUCCCUGGCCUCGUCACGUUUGCGCAGUCAAAUGGAGUCAAUUUAGUUGUUCCUGGCCCUGAAGCACCUCUUGUGGACGGCGUGGUGGAUUUCUUCAAAAAUGCCGGAAUACCUUGUUUUGGUCCCUCCAAGGAGGCAGCCCGCCUGGAGGGAAGCAAGACCUACUCCAAGGACUUCAUGAGGAAAUACAAUAUACCAACAGCUGCAUACGAGAACUUCUCCGACUAUCAGAGCGCCGUCAAGUAUAUCGAUAGCGUCCGUCACCAAGUUGUUAUCAAGGCAACCGGUCUUGCUGCCGGCAAAGGAGUUAUUUUGCCUCAAUCAAAACAAGAGGCCAAGGAUGCCUUGAAGCAGAUCAUGGUUGACAAGGCGUUUGGAUCUGCGGGUGAUGAGGUCGUUAUUGAGGAACUCCUGGUAGGUGAUGAGCUGAGCGUCCUCACCUUUUGCGACGGUUACACUAUUCGAUCAUUGCCCUUGGCCCAGGACCACAAGCGCAUUUUUGAUGGCGACCAAGGCCCCAACACCGGAGGAAUGGGUUGCUACGCGCCCACCAACAUCGCCACCAAGGACUUGACGGAGCGAAUUGACAAAGAAAUUCUUGAGCCUACUAUCUUGGGAAUGCGGCGCGAGAAGCAGCCAUUUCGUGGUGUACUGUUCACCGGCCUCAUGGUCACCAGUUCGGGCCCCAAGGUCUUGGAAUACAACGUGCGAUUUGGCGACCCAGAGACCCAAACUGUCCUGCCUCUUCUCUCCGCUGACACAGAUCUGGCGGAGAUCAUGCUUGCUUGUGUUGAAGGGUACCUCGACAACUGCCACUUGCAGGUUGAGGAGAAAUUCAGCGCAACCAUCGUUGUUGCUGCUGCUGGGUACCCUGGCUCUUAUGCCAAGGGCAGUCCUAUCACUGUUCUGCAACCACCGCAGGGCAGCACCAUUUUCCACGCGGGAACCAAGGUGGAUGGGAAUCAGCUAAAGUCCUCUGGCGGUCGAGUGAUUGCAAUAAACUCCGUGGGCGAAUCCCUCAGAGCAGCUGUGGAUGCUUCGUAUACCGCACUUGCAUCAGGGGUCAUCAGUUUUGAAGCCAUGUUUUUCCGAAAGGACAUUGCGCACCGUGCUUUUCGAAACCCAGCCAAGGAGGCCAUGACUUAUGCCCAAGCAGGUGUCGAUAUUCAGGCCGGCAAUGAUUUUGUCGAGAAAAUCAGGAAGGCCGUGGCUAGUACGAAACGACCCGGCGCUGACGCAGAAAUCGGUGGUUUCGGCGGCGAGCUUGAUCUUUCACAAUGCGGAUACCCGAACGCACCGAUUCUUGUCGGCGCUAUUGAUGGUGUUGGUACGAAGCUCAUGAUUGCCCAGGCCAUGAGGAAGCACGAUACUGUGGGUAUUGAUCUUGUUGCCAUGAACGUAAACGACUUAAUCGUUCAGGGAGCCACGCCGUUGAUGUUCCUGGACUACUACGGCUGCAGCAAACUCGACCUGCCAUCUGCCGCCGCCUUUGUUGAGGGCAUUGCUCAUGGCUGUCGCCAGGCUGGAUGUGCUUUGGUGGGUGGUGAGACUGCUGAAAUGCCCGGCAUGUAUCAGGGCGAAGAUUACGAUGCCGCAGGAUGUGCAGUUGGCGCCGUCACCUCUACGAGCCGACUUCCUCAGCGACAUGCCAUGAUUGAAGGCGAUGUUCUCCUCGGUCUCGGGUCUGUCGGUGUCCAUUCCAACGGCUUUUCUCUCGUGAGAAGGAUAGUGCAGAACGCAGACUUGACGUAUGGAUCGCAAGCACCAUGGGACAAUUCCAAAACAGUUGGGGAAUCCCUCUUGACCCCAACACGCAUCUAUGUCAAGAGCCUUUUGCCUGUUCUCGGCGACAUCAAGGGUCUGGCGCACAUCACCGGCGGCGGUCUCAUCGAGAACGUCCCUCGUAUGCUGCCAGAUUCACUCGCUGCUGAAAUCACCUAUGGAUCCUGGGACGUUCUGCCGGUAUUCCAGUGGCUCAAACAGGCCGGGAACGUCGACCCCACUGAAAUGUGCCGCACAUUCAACUCGGGUAUUGGUAUGGUUAUUGCUGUAGGUGCAAGCAAGGCCGACGCUGUGGCCCAAGCACUCUCCGCUGUUGAAAGUGUCUACAAGAUAGGACGGCUGGUCCGCCGCGACCAGAGCCGAUCCAGGUGUGAGGUCAAAAAUCUCGAACUAUGGUCAUGA